AUGAGUGAAAUAAAAGAAAGAAAGAAAGAAAUGAAAGAGAGGAGAGAGGGGAAAAAGGGAAGCACAGGGCCGGAGGUGGAGGAAGAGGAAGAGCCAUAGCAAGAAGAAGCAAGAAAGACAGAACCCUAACCAAGUCAGAUCCAUCCGGCGGCAAUUGGCCUGUUUUGAAGGGCAGUAUUGGGUCAGAAUCAGAUCUAUAUUUACCAAUGGAUGACCUCGAUGUGUUAGCUCGAGACUUGGGUUUUCGGCACGCAGGAAAAUCCGCACCAAUGAGAUCCGACGUCCGAUCAACCUCUUCUUCUGAUCCUGAUGCUAUGUUAUUCAACGAUGUCUUCGGUGGCCCUCCUAAAUACACCAAUACCAAUAACUCUGCCGAUUUCAAUUACGAUUCUAUUUUCAUCUCCGGCAAGACCAAUAACAACAAUGAUGACAACAUCAAGACCUCCUCCUUCCCUGUCUAUGACAAGCCAGUCUACGACGACGAUAUAUUCGACGGCUUACCAGGAGUAAAGAGCAAAUCCCUAUCUUCUUCAUCUACACUGAGAUUUGAGGACGAUGUUUUUGCUACAAUGACUUCCCCGCCCCAGCAAAACACUCAUUUUGAUGAUCUCUUGGGGAAUUUCGGGAGGAAUGAGAAGGUGGCACAACCAAAGAGUAGUGCUGGUUCCACUGAGUUCGAUGAUUUACUAGCUGGCUUUGGAACUGGCACCAGUUGCAGGUCAUUUACCGAUUCAACUUAUCCCUCCAAACCAGCUGGAGAUUCAAAUAAAAGCUCUAGUAUGCUGGAUGAUCCUUUUGUCGUGCUAGAGUCGACCUCGGUGCCAGCAAAUUCUCCUCCCGGGGAGUUUUCAGAUCCACUGGAAGAGAUUGGUAAGCUUGGUAAAUCUGGAAUGGCGAAAACUGGUGCUUCAUCAGUUAGUGGAGGGGUGUUUGAUGAUCUAGAUCCACUUAGUGGGUUUGAUAAGCCUGUUCGUCCACUUUCCCAUGAGAAGAAGACAGGAGGGAAGGACAGAAGCCCAUCAAAGGCUGGAGCAGGAAGGAGCGAUGCACAUAACUCUACCUCAAGAGAAAAUAUUGAGACACCGCCAUUUAGAUAUUCUGAAAGUCACUCACAGAAAAAAGUGCCUGGGGAUAGUUUUCAAGAGUCUCCCCAUUUUAACAUGCCUUCAGAAGAUCCUCUAAGAUCUUUGGGUGAAACUGCUCCUCCUCCAUAUGCAGAUAAUGAUCUUCACGAAACAAACUUCCAAGUGGAUACAUCCCCAAGAUCAGAGGAUCAAGUACAGGCUUCUGAAGAUAUAUGGCUUACUGUAUCAGAGAUUCCUCUUUUUACACAACCUACAAGUGCUCCACCUCCAUCACGACCACCGCCUCCAAUACCACGGCGCAGUUCAAAGUCAGAGGCAAGUUUUUCCUCUUCAAAUGCAAGGAAGGGUGAGGGUUACUCCUCUUCCCCUAAUCACUACCAGUAUUCUCAGAGUCCUAAGCCGGUUCGUCCUGCAGUUAAAAGCCCUCCAGUCUCACAGUUGGAUGAACUUGAGGAUUUUGCCAGGGGUUGGACUAAGAGUAGUAUUGAUGAAAAUGCUGAUGCUCUUUCUGGAGAAGAGAUGAAUGGAAACUCUGUUGCUGCUGCAUCAGCAGCUGCAAUGAAGGAGGUUAUGGAUAGAGCUGAGGCCAAAUUUAGACAUGCUAAGGAGGUCCGAGAAAGAGAAUAUGCAAAGUCUGCUAAGAGUAAGGAAGCUGUACAUCUGGAAAGGGAUGAACAAGCAAAAAAUGAAGUGCAGGAAAGAGAGUUUCGAGAAAACCAGGAGAGACUAGAAAAUGAGAGGCGACAGUGGGAGAAGGAAGAAGAAGAAAGAGCACAAAAGAAGCUUGAGAGAGAAAGGGAGAGAGCCAGGGAGCUUGAAAAAGAAAGGGCUCGGCAAGCGGUUGAAAGGGCUACUAGGGAAGCACGUGAAAGAGCAGCAGCUGGGGCACGUGACAGAGCUGCUGCUGAAACCCGUCUAAAAGCAGAAAGAGCUGCUGUGGAGAAGGCUGCAGCUGAAGCUCGAGGACGGGCUGAAAAGGCUGCAGUUCAGAGAGCACAAGCAGAAGCUCGGGAAAGAGCUGCAGCAGAAGCUAAAGAAAGAGCUGAAAAGGCAGCUGCAGAAGCAAGGGAAAAAGAAGCAUGUGAAAAAGCUUCUGCUGUGAAGGCCGAGUCUGAGGCACGAAGGCGAGCAGAACGAGCAGCAGUAGAAAGGGCAGCUGCAGAAGCUCGAGAAAGGGCAGCUGCUUCUGCAAGGAUGAACCAACAAAGGAAUGAUAAUGAUCUUGAAUCCUUUUUUAGUAUGGGUAGAGCCAGUAGUGCACCAAAGACGAGAACAAGUACUCCUGACAACAUAUUUGAUUCACAGUUUCAGAAUAAGGCAGGAUCUGAAGGGCCAAAAUCAACAGCUGGUGUAGCCUCCUCCAACAUGAGGAAAGCAUCUUCCACGACUAGUUUCGUGGAUGAUCUUUCUUCUAUUUUUGGAGCUUCUGCAUCAUCUGGGGAAUUCCAAGAUGUUGAAGGGGAAACUGAAGAAAGAAGAAGAGCAAGACUAGAACGCCAUCAACGUACUCAGGAGCGUGCAGCUAAAGCUUUGGCUGAGAAGAAUCAGCGCGACCUUCAAGUGCAGAGGGAUCAGGAAGAAAGACAUAGAAUUUCCGAAACAUUAGAUUUUGAGAUCAAGCGAUGGGCUGCUGGAAAAGAGGGAAAUCUGCGUGCACUUCUAUCGACUUUGCAAUAUGUGCUUUGGCCUGAAUGUGGCUGGCAGCCUGUGUCCUUGACCGAUUUGAUUGUGGGUGCCUCUGUCAAAAAAGUAUAUAGAAAAGCAACCCUUUGUAUUCAUCCUGAUAAGGUGCAGCAGAAAGGUGCCAACCUUCAACAAAAAUAUAUUGCCGAGAAGGUUUUUGACCUACUUAAGGAAGCGUGGAACAAAUUCAAUUCUGAGGAACUCUUCUAGAGACUGAAUUUUAGCUCCCUUUUGGGUUUUUCAGAGGUGGGUAAAUUUUCCUAAAGCAAGCUCGCCUUUGCUAUGCCUCUGAUAUCUGGCAUUCCCCAGCACGAGGCGUUUGAUUGAUUUCUAUAGAUGGUCAUAGAAAUCUAUCAGUGAUGAUGAAGUGAAUUUUCACUGUGUUUUGUAAAUUUAUGUCAAUGCCAGAGACUUGUGGCUUGUGCGUAACGUGUUGGUGUAGAGUAGUAUUAUUUCCAUUCAUGUUGUGCUUCUGUAGUGCAUUUGGUCACCCUUUGCAUGUGAUCAUUUGUCUUCGAUAUUCUUUUUUGGUUCCUUUCCUGUUAUGCUGCAGUUAUUUGUGCUGGAAGAGAUGUCUGUUGUUAGCCAUAUCCAACAUGGAAGGAGGCAUUGUAAAAGCAGAGUAUCCUACAAGAUGUAAAAUCCUAUGUAAUUUCCCUUCAUUUAUGUGAAAAAUUUGUUUUACGUGAGGAAAAAAGAUAUUACUUGAUUUAUAGAUUUUAUAAGAUCCAGUGUUGUCAAGAUGGUAUUUUUGCGGGUGCUAAAUAUGAUGCUCAAAUCAAAGCUUGUAUGUUUUGUUUCCAA